CAGUAAUAAAUAAACUGCCGUUAAAUAAGGAUUUGUGGUACAAGCGAAGACAUCACAGACUACUGAACAGAAGUCAGCGGAAGAGACGGCAGAAUUUACCAGCGGAUUUGAACUGCACACAACAACUGGAAUGUUACCAUGGAAGGACGUUUAGAAGAAAAGAACAGCCCACUGUGCAAACUUCCUGGGCAAGAAUAUCAGAACGAUAGCCAGAGACACAUGACCUCUUACCCCUACCGGUGUAACUUGGCGGAUUUCAAAAUAGAGAAAAAAAUUGGCCGAGGGCAGUUCAGUGAAGUAUACAGAGCGAACUGUCACCUGGACCGCAAACCCGUAGCUCUGAAAAAAGUGCAGAUAUUUGAAAUGAUGGAUGCCAAAGCCAGGCAAGACUGCAUUAAAGAAAUUGACCUGUUAAAGGUAAGGUCCCAGUGGUCUUUAGCUCUAUAGGUACAAUACUUGCUGUAUGUUUGUAAACCGUUAACCCUGUGUAUCUGCAGCA